CUCGAGAAGACCCAAAUCACCCACUUCUCUUCACGCAAAUCCUCUCUCCGAAAAGCCCUCAAGAGACACAGAAAAGCAGAAGCCAUGGAGUCUGCUCCAAGCAAGGCUUUUCUGCUUGUUCAGCUCUUGCUCCUACUCAGCUGCUUCCAAGAAGCCUCCUGUUUCUUCCCCCAUCCACCGGCUUACCCUCCGACCCAGCACCACGACCACGACUACCACCACCACCACCAUGCUCCCGGCCACCCUCCAGUCCUCCCACCUGUUCACCCGCCGUCUCCCUACCACAGUCAUCCCUUGAUCCCUGCACCCGCUCUUGUUCCCUCCCAUCCUCCGGCCCCAAUUAAACCGCCGUUCCAUUGGCCAUUUAGGACCUUCAUAGCCAUUCAAGGUGUCGUUUAUUGCAAGUCCUGCGAGUACACCCUCAAUGGCGCUAAACCCAUUAUCGGUGCCGUAGUGAAGCUCUGGUGCAAGAACACCAAGUACCCAGCAUGGGCGACUGCGACAACUGACAAGAACGGCUACUUCUUCCUCGAAGCUCCGAAGACAGUCUCAAACUUUGCCACCCACAAGUGCAAGGUCUUCUUGGUCUCAUCUCCAAUCCCCUCAUGCAGUGAGCCAUCCAAUCUCAAUGGUGGAUCAGUGGUGCCCCCUUGAAGUUUGAGAAGCUGGUCUUGGGAAGCCCCUGUUCACCCUCUACUCGGUUGGACCCUUAGCAUUCGAGCCCAAGUGCAGAGCCCCAGGACCCAAGUGAACUCCCCAUCGUGUGUCUCUCUAGCUUCUAUUGUCGUUGAGUGUUACCGUGGUUCCAGUUUCAUGAGAGAAAAGGUUGUUCUUGUGCCUUAAUGUAUUUGUUAGUCGGUUUAUUUGAGUGACAAUAAAUGAUAUAAAAGAGGGGGUGCACACCUCUUACUACAGA